AUGUUUAAGAACAUUACCGGCUCGAACGCAGCCGGAAAGAAUAAUGCCACUUCAGAUGAGUCGUUUUCGGGAACUGUUGAUCCAACCGGUUUGGAGCGGGCGGCCAAAGCAGCACGUGAUCUCGACUCCUCGCCCAAUGCGCAGGCCUCACUUGCCUUAGUUCGCGAACAAGAAAAGACAAAGCAGUCUGAGUUUGAAGCAAAAACGGCCGAAUUGCGAGCCUAUGAGGCACAACAACGCGAAAAGAAUAUUGAGGUUCAAGCUGAACAGCAGAGGAAGACGAUUGAGAAACAGGCUGAGUAUGCUCGCGGACAGGAACAUUACAGGGACAAGCUAGAACGGGAACGACAAAAAGAUACCCUCGGUAUGCAAAUGCAGGCCCAGAGGCAAAUGAAAGAGGAGGAGCGCAAAAAGGACGAGGAAAGUGUUUUGAGGCAAGAGGCCAUUCGUCGGAAGACUGUCGAGUAUGAAACUGCCCUACGUCAGCAAGCUGAUAGCGCCAAGGCUAAAGCCGAAGCAGAAGGGCGUAUUGAACAGGAGAGGAGGAAUCAUGACUUGAUCAUGCAGCAGAAAAGGCUAGAGUUGAGGGAAAGUCGAAAGACUACUCUUGAGGGGAUUAGGGUUGCGACGAGCAGUAUUGGAGCUGGACUCUCAUCUUUUGUUUCUGAUCGCGAAAAAGUGACAACAGCUGUCGGUGGCCUUUCCUUGGCUGCCCUUGGUAUUUACUCUGCUCGAGCAGGCGCCACUGUCAUGGGAGGCUACAUCGGGGCUCGUCUUGGGAAACCCUCUCUUGUUCGUGAAACAAGCCGAAUCACCCCCCUUUCUGCAGUUCGAGAGCCGAUUGCAACUGCCAGGAAAGUCUACGCCCGUUUCAGUUCUCACAAUGCGGACCGUGCGUUAGAUGGUGUCGUAUUAGCGUCGCCAACUAAGACUCGGCUGCAAAGAAUAGCGCGCGCUACGAAGAACUCACGCAAACACCAGGCACCUUUCCGAAACGUCCUUUUGUCUGGACCCCCGGGAACUGGAAAGACUCUUUUUGCAAAAGGACUUGCAAAAGAAAGUGGACUUGAGUACGCAAUUUUCACUGGCGGUGACCUUGCUCCGCUUGGGUCGAGUGCCGUCACCGAGCUUCACAAAAUGUUCGACUGGGCCCAAACCUCCAGAAAGGGGCUGUUGUUAUUUAUUGAUGAGGCAGAUGCCUUCUUGCGCACGAGGAGCUCUGCAGCGGGGGCUACCGAAGACAUGCGGAAUGCGCUGAACGCAUUUUUGUACCGCACUGGUCAGCCCACGACACGAUUUAUGCUUAUGAUGGCCACUAAUCGUCCGCAUGAAUUUGACGAAGCUGCAGCGGAUCGAGUUGACGAUGUAAUCCCAUUUUCUCUUCCAGGCCCGGAGCAGCGGCGGGAAAUGCUUAACCUUUUCGUGAAUCGCCUGAUACGCCGUCCAGCCACCCCGAUAAAACUUCUAGGCGAUGAGCCUUGGGACCAGUUUUGGGAUGAGGCUGUUGGUGGAACGGAGCACUUCAGUGGACGUGAAAUGGAGAAACUUGUCAUUGGGUGGCAGGCAGCCGGGUACGGAAACCCAACGGCUGAACUCGCUGUAGACGAGGCGAGGCAGGUGUUGCGCGACCAUGUGCAUCAGAAGGAUAUGAAAGAGUCAUGGGCACUUUCUCAGCGACAAGAGGGUAACAGACCUCCAGGGUACCAAGGUUCUCGGUCUGUGGAGCGGACAGGCGCGGAUGCAAACAGAGAGUUGUAUACGGCUGCUUAG